AUGGUGGGCCUCGCCCAAGCACUUCGAGCAGAUGGCUUCGCAGCCUCGGAGGAUGAGUUUCUUCAUGAGGUUUCGAAACUUCGGUCACACAACGCGGAGGAGAAGCUGCAUUCGCUGCUUAGCAAGCACAACCUCUCCUUGCCUAUUCCAAUCCAGAAAGUGGUGGGCAAGCCGUGCAUUGAAGGCUUCCCUAGAUUGAGGCCGCUUGAUGUUUUCAAACAUAUGCAAGAAGCUGGUCACUUGAACAAGCUCCUCGGAGGCAAGACUCUUGCUUCCAGCCGUCUCCUGCUAUUGAAUUUCUGGGAAAACUACAGGAACGUCCACCCCGACUUCGAGUUGUUUGCCCCUCAACACGAGGAAAUACCAUUGGAAGACUGCGUCCCGAUACUCGCACACAUAGAUGGAGGAAGAGGCUACAAGAAAAGCGAGUUUAUGAUUUUUAAUUGGGGACCAAUGCUGGGCACUGGAUGUGGCAAGCGAUGCUCUAAGGACCCAAGUGUACGUAGCUUCCGCAAGAAGGCCAACAAGUUCCAUCUUGCCCUGCUGGGUCAUAGCUACACGACACACUACCUCUACGCGGCCAUGCCUUCCGCCUGGCACAAAAACAACGAAGAUGCUUUCCAGAGUCUGCUGAACGUUUUUGCGGAGGAUCUGAGGGAGUGCUUUGAUGAAGGCAUAGCUUACAAUGGAAGAGUGCUUCGUUUGGUGCUGCUUGGUUUGAAGGGGGACCUAAAGAUGCAAGCCCGUGCCGGUUGCUUGACAAGAUGGUUUACAACUGCCAGAAAGCGACCCUACAACCCGGCAAAAACCACAAAGAGCAAUGGGAUGUGUUGUUGGUUAUGUCCAGCCGGUCACCCAAACGUCCCGUUCGAGGAGGUCCACUCCAAGUCCCCAGCGUGGCUGCGACAGAUGCCCCUGUUCCAGGAGCCACCUUGGGAUGAGGGCAAAGAGGGUGGAAUGCUUCCGGCGUCCCUUGGCUAUUUGAACAACCCCGGCAAGUUCUACUUUGCAGACCUGUUCCACAUAUACCUUCAUGGAGUUGGCCAGGACUAUUGUGCUUCUGCCCUUAUCUAUAUGCUGCCGUUCUUCUUCAAAGGCAGGGAUGGCAACAGUGUCGACAAGCAGUUGGACAUGUUGAACGAGGUUUUUACACUUUGGAGGAAGAUGCAUCGAGUGCCGAUGCAUUUGGUUGCAUUCACCCGAGAUAAGCUGACCUACCCGGAUGCUACCAAAGUCUAUCCUAGCGGCACUUGGUCCAAAGCUGCUGACACACCUCGAAUCGUGCAGUUUCUGCUGUAUAUGUGCGAGUUGCACCCCGAGCUAUGUGCCCGAGAUGCGGACAAGACCCUCUUCUACAUACGACAAGCAGCGGAAUCAAUCAGUGACUUCAUGCAGCGCCUUUACAAAGCUGACUUGUGGAUCGACUCUUGGCUGCUCGGAAAGCCUCGCACAUAA